GACGCUUGCUCCAACUCAAAGUAGUGCCGGGAGACUGGAGUCACAACAGAACCCGUGUUGCGCCAAGCUACAACACGGAGGCUCUGGAUCAUUCCGGUUCCGAGCAGGUUUGACAUCUCCGCCCGUUUUGCUACCGGGACACAACUUGGAGUCACAACAGAACCCGUGUUGCGCCAAACCACAACACGGAGGCUCUGGAUCACUCCGGUUCCGAGCAGGUUCGACAUCGCCACCCGUUUUGCCACCGGGACACAACUUGGAUAUGGCUACCUCCAUUCUUGGGGAAGAGCCUCGUUUUGGAACGACACCUUUAGCGAUGCUGGCCGCGACCUGCAACAAAAUCGGAAACACAAGCCCCCUCACCACUUUGCCCGACUCCAGCGCAUUCUCCAAGGGUGGAUUUCACCCGUGGAAAAGAUCCACGUCGAGCUGCAACUUGGGCUCGGCCCUGCCAGGCUUCGCGGUGGCGACCAGCCGCGCCCCCACGGGACUACCGCCGACGAGCUGCGCCAGUAACAGCGCCUUCUGCCUGGCCUCCACCUCGCCGACGUCGGCCGCCUUCUCUAGCGAGUACGGCGGCUUGUUUACCAACGGCGGCGGCGUCUCGAGCCAAGAGUCCGGCCAGUCGGCCUUCCUCUCCAAGGUGCACACCUCCGCGGAGAGCCUGUACCCGCGGGUGGGCAUGGCGCAUCCGUACGAGUCGUGGUACAAGUCCGGCUUCCACUCCACCAUCUCCGGUGAGGUGGCCAACGGCGCGUCGUCCUGGUGGGACGUGCACACCAACCCGGGCUCGUGGCUCGACGUGCCGAACCCCGCGGGCCCCCUCCAGGGCUCUCUGCACUCGGGCACCCCGCAGGCCAUCCACUCGCAGCUGAGCAGCUACAACGCGGAUUUCUCCUCGCUCACGCACUCGGCCUUCAGCUCGACGGGGAUCAGCCCCAGCGCGUCGCACCUGCUGACCACCGGCCAGCACCUGUUGGCCCAGGACGGCUUCAAAACGGUGCUGCCCGCCUAUACGGACACCUCCGCUGCGGCUGCGGCCAGCGCCAUGAUCUCCGGGGGCGGCUCGGGAAUAAGCGGCUCGUCACGCUCGUCGCGGAGGUACUCCGGGCGGGCGACGUGCGAUUGCCCGAACUGCCAGGAGGCCGAGCGGCUCGGUCCGGCCGGGGCCAGCCUGCGUCGGAAGGGACUGCACAGCUGCCACAUCCCGGGCUGCGGCAAGGUGUACGGCAAGACGUCGCACCUCAAGGCGCACUUGCGGUGGCACACUGGCGAGAGGCCGUUCGUGUGCAACUGGCUCUUCUGCGGCAAGCGCUUCACGCGCUCCGACGAGCUGCAAAGACACUUGAGGACCCACACCGGCGAGAAGCGCUUCGCCUGCCCGGUGUGCAACAAGCGCUUCAUGCGCAGCGACCACUUGAGCAAGCACAUCAAGACGCACACGGCCGGGGGCGGAGGCAAGAAGGGUAGCGAUAGCGACACCGACACCAGCAACUUGGAGACCCCCAGGUCCGAGUCCCCGGACCUUAUUUUGGAUGGGGUCAACCCGAGGAUCACGGUUAAGGACCAGCCCCCCCACGAUGAGCCCUGAUGGGGGGGAGAAAGGGACCCCCGCGUCCGAACUCAAUUACACGGGUCUUAAUUUAACAAGUGAAUCUUUCAUGGGAAGAAAAACAAAAAUAAGAGCUCACCUCUAGACGCUACGGCAGUAUUUAAUUGUGAGGAGAAACCUGUUGAACGUGGGACAAUGUGAGUUGCAUCUUGUAUAUGACCACGUGUUCACUUCAUGUUCGUAUUGUUUUUCUUAAUAUUGUUUUCCGUGUUGCUUCUAACCUGAACGUCAGGGAGUUUAAUUUAAGAUGCACUUUGUGGAUAUUCUAUGUACGUGCACAGCUUUCUUCAAAUUUUCCGUUUUAUUUUUUUGUUGUUGUUGUUGCUCUAAAAAAAUCUAUAUCUAAAUGUUUACCUGUAUAAAUUCACACGUAUAAGACUUUCAUUUUAAAAGUCAUUAAAACACAUGGAAAAAAAGCUUUUACUGUGUGAUGCAACAUUUCACAUGUAUUUAUUUGGGCCUAUUUUAAUUGUCAAAAUCACAAAGGCUAUUUUCCCCUUGUAGAAUAAAUCAUUGCUUAAUGUGGCGUAAAAAGGGCAUUUCGUGGCCAAAUGCAAAUGCGAUUAAUUAUGACUUGGAACACAUGCACGGCCCCAUGUGUUUUGUAUUUGAGGUUAGGGACUCGGGCAUGAUCACAUAUGUAAUUAAUAUCAAAAAGAUCUUUUGUUCACUUCACGUUAACGAGGGCUAAAUGAAACUGUUCAAAUGCAAACCUUACAUUUUGGCCGUUUUGAUAAAGACUGAUAUUUUUCACAAUAAAUAAAAUAAAUUAACCAUAAUAAUGACACGUUAAGAGCAAUGUCCGAUGCUAAAAUGCUUCUUGCUGGGCUCGCUGAAAUGUGAAAUUAAAAGGUUCAAAGAUGCUCAACGACUUCUUUGUGUUUGGGCAGCAGAGCUUCCAAAGUCUUUCAAAAGGAGUCUGGCAUGCUCAAAACGCUGCAUCCAUGUCUAUUUUUUUUUAAGAGAUGUUGCAUUAAAACCGGCAAUGAGAAGACAUGGGACGAUUGUCUUGAUGAAAAGUCAGUGGACAAAUACCAUAAAAAAACUUAUCUGAAGAAAAUCUUUAGAGCCGUUUACCACAACUAAUUAGGAUCAAAUAUUUUAUCUGGCGUCAACUAAAUUGGAUGUGUAAAGCUUGCAAAACAUUUGUUCCGCCGCGAUGUGACGGUUCACAUGAAAGCAGAAAUAAAAUAAAACCCGUCAUUUUGAUGUACGUACAUAAAACGCAUCAAUCUAAUGUGUCAAAGAC